AUGAAUUCUGAGGGGCAAGAUGCCUCGACGCCUUUACAGCAGCAGGCGCCUCCACGGCCAGCCUCUCCUCCAAAGGAGCGUUCACAAACCCCCAAAAUCCUAACCCCCGUCGUGGGAACACCGGAUAUUACCUCUGUUGCUUCUGUUGCUUCAAUUCCUUCUAUUGCUUCUGUUCCUGAAACCCAUCCCACAAAACGUCGUUCUCUUUCUCCUAUGCCUCCUUCCGCGCACAGUGAUACCUUCCCUAAUCCCUUCAAUGCUCCAUUCCAUACCCAUAGUCUUCCUACAAGUAUGGGAUCCCAUUCUGCUCCUCCAGAAGGGCCUACCAUAUGUUUGGAUCCACAUAGCAAGUUGCAACAGCAUCAACCUCUGCCGCUAAAUCCUCGUCCUUAUACCAAUAAUAAGACGGGGUUUAAAGUGCAGUCCUCUGGCCUUAAACUAGGCUCUGACAGGAAGCCUUCCCCUGACGAUGGAAAUCUUCUCGAACCGAUGUUUUUAAAGGAGGAUGACAAAAAGCGAACUCAAUCCAUAUCUAAAUCUGUACGCAAGGGGUCUAGGGCCGGUGGUGACUCCCAUCGAAGGACAUCAAGUGGUGGUUUGACGACUAUCCCAUAUAUUCCAAAGGGGUUUAGGAAUAUUGUCUCCAAUGAACCAGCUCAGACUCCUUUGAUGCAGGCUAUUCACAACCCUAUAUCUCUGGAUACUGGGCCAUCGACAACUUCGACGUUUACCUCGUCUUCGAUCCAAAGACUAAAUUCUCCACACCAAGGAGGUCCUCCAAAGUUAGGAUUAAAUACCCAAUUUGGUUCACGAACUGGAUCACCAGAACCCGGCUCAUCAGCUACCCCAACCACGGCCGCAUCGCCAGGAUCUCCUAUGGGACGGAGAAGAUCCCGUGCUGAUGGUGAUAAGCCACCCGGUUCAGCCAAGGGUCGUGCCCGUCAACGUUCACUAUUACCAAAAUCAACCAGUAUCCAGUUUGAAAGUGUCCCAUACCCAUAUCCAAAUAGUGAGUCUAGCGUCUUCGUCCAAGUAUCCCCUAGAGCUUCGACAACGUCUCUGCAAUUCCAGCCUCCAUUGGUGCCAUAUCAGCCGCAGCCACCCCCUCCGCCGCAGCAGCAUCACCAGCAUCAACUGCCACCGCCCCAUCAUGGGUCUCCGCCGCCGCCACCGCCUCCGCCUGGCCCGUCUGGGGCUCCAGCUCAUAAUAUCUUCAUGUCGCCUAUUGGACCUCCACCUCCCCCCCCUCAUUCUUCCCAUUUUGGACCCCAUCCCCCCCCUCCCCCUCCCCCUCCCGCGUAUUCACAUUUUGGUAUACAUCAAAGUAUUUCGCACCCCCAUUCCCCAGGUGCUCAACAUCAGGGCCUUCCUCCUCCUGCACCACCUCAUAGGCCUCUUCCACCUGGUGGGUCGGGGAAUCCUUUUAGUAGUAAUGGUGCUCAUCCUCCUCCCGAGUUUCGUCCCAUUGACUAUGGGCAUCCUCGUGGCCAUGGGCCCCAUCCACCUCUGCCUGGACAUGGGUACUCUCCAAUUAUGUCGAGUAUGACACCUCAUUCGGACGGUUUGAGGAAGGCAUUGUUUCCUCAACAUGAUCGCUCUGGUGACAGUAGGAAAUCUUCUAUAACUAGGACGACACCAUUUAGUGGAGCGCCAAGCACUUUCAUGGAGGAUGUUACCAGUCCGACUACUGCGAGUUUCAAUAGCUCCCAUAACACUCUUUUUGAAAGGCGGGAUCAGCCAAUUGUUGCACCAAAGAGCCCGACACCACCCAUUUUGCAACAACAACAACACCAACCGCCGCCACCACCACUACAAGGUCCUAUUGAACCUGCCAGUCGACAAUUUAUGUUAGGUCCUCCUUUAAAUUUUACACCUGGUUCCACCUAUCCACCCCAGCUUGCUCCCUUUCAUUCACAUCCAUCUUCUUCUGCUCCUUCUUUCCCACAGCAACAACAACUUCCUUAUCCCCCACAAUCUCUACCAUCAACAUCAACUUCACCUAACAGAGAACUGUCAUCAUUCCUCCCUCAACCUACUACACCAACAAUGCCGCGACGAAAGGGAUCUGAUAAGAGCAAGCAGGCUCCAAGAGCUGCUUCUACUGCUUCUGCUUCAACCACCUCUGCUAACCAGCAACGCGUAUCUGUGGGCAACAAGUCCCAGCCUCCUCCAUCCCCUCAAGCAGGAGCUGCAAAAGGUGAAGCUUCUAUUGCUGGUAAAGACCAUCCACCUCCGUCGCCCGCCACUCCAAUGAUCAAAAGACGUUCUGCGUAUGUCGCAGGUGGUGGUAUCAAAACCACUGACCUUGCUCUUCCCAAACCAGACGUGGUGGAACUUACUGCACCCCCUCCCGACCAACCUUUGGGGGCUCCAGUUGACACCGAACAAAUGUUGAUGAUUAACAAGCCGAGAAAACGAAACAAGGCGAAUCCUUCAGUGCUCCGAACUAGGGAAAAGGAGGUGGAUGACGCCAUGACCGCAGCUAUUGAAGACCUGGAUGGUCAACCCGGCCGUGAGGCUUAUGAAACUGACAUCAGGUCCGAGGAACCUGAGGAGAGAACAAAAGAAACUAGCAAAGAAGCCGAGCCUACGAAGCUCCGACAGAAGAGAGCAAGAAGAUCUAAAAUGGAGCUAUCUGAUGACGAUGAGGACGAGUAUAUGGAUGACGGCGAAGUUCCAUCUCCUCCUGCCACUAAAAAACCUCGCAGGAGCAGGUUCACGAAGUCUGCACCUUCUGUCGUGUCUGAGGAAACCGCGACUGAAGAGGAACAGCAAGCACCCCUUGUACUCGGAAAAAGAGCACGCAAAGCUUCUACUCGCGCGAUUAAGGCCGCCGAGCAAUCGACAAAGCGAAGACGUACUCGUAAGGCCGAGGCCGAUGAAGCUGGCACGCAGACGGACUACAUCUCGGCAAGUAGUGCUACCGAGUCCGUAGCUCCGGAGCCGCUGGUUGAGAAGAAGCCUCCCGUUCGUAGAGGGAGAAAACCCCGAGCUAAAGAUGAUAAGGACAAGGAGAAGAAAGACAAGGACAAAGAAGUAGGAAAAGAGAAGGAUAAAGAGCCUGCUGCUGUUGAUGAAACCACUAGUGAAGGUGAAUCAACUGGCGAACAGGCUUAUACACAGCUAAUCGUUAAUGGGAAACCGAUCAGAAUCCCAUCUCCACCACCCUCAUUCAAGAAGCCAGGGUUGGUAGGUUGGUACAGAUGCCGAGAGAGGCCAAAAUUUACUGAGGGCGACGAGCACCUCGAUGGCGAACAUACGCUUCGUCGUUUGAAUGAUUGGUUCCGCCUUCAUCACUAUAGAACUUCUCAGCCGUAUUUCAAAACGGCAUCUUUGAUCGAUGAUGAUGGGUGGACCGAUACGGAACAGGACCUUGAAAAGAUGGGACGAUCCAAGCCGGCUGAUGCCAAAGCACAGAAGACCAUAUUGUGGGAUUCUAAGAUUUCGGACGCAGCCUUUGAGAAAGGAUUCGAGCAGCUCGAGAGGAAAGGCAGUGUUGAGCCACUUUCGGCAGCUGAUACCCCUAAGAACGACUUUUCUUCAGAGCUUACAGCCGUCAAUAAACAACCCACUGCUCUUUCCCGCGUAGAGAAUGCCAAGGAUGAUGGCGAUGUUACUGAUAUCGCGAUCGAUGAGACUGUUCUCUCCACCGCCGUUGCUACCCCGAUGGCUGAUUUGGAAGGCGAGCACUUCUCUUCAAAGGAAAAGACACAAGAGGCUGCUGAACCUGCCACCAAUUUUGUCAAACCAACUCACUCAUUCGGUUUUGACACUAUGCGCGGCACUGUCCCUCCGAAACAGGAUGUGUAUAACCAUACUGAGCGAAAGAGAAAGAACAAAACUCCGUUUGUUGAAGAUUCGGCUCGAAACCUCAAGGGUGUUAAAUGGAUAGUACCACAUAUUGAAGGUCGUCCAGCCGAGAUCCUUAAACAAACCUGGGAUUGGCAAACUGAGAAAAGGAAGAUUAAGGAGAAGGCUGAGGCUGAAGCUGCUGCACUUGCCGCCCUCGAAGAUCCAAAUGGUGAGAAACCGAAGAAGAGAGGCGGGCGUCGUGGCAAGAAGAAGACGAAAGGUGAUCUCAAGAAUUUGGCGUACGCACGCGAGGUGCGCCGAGCUAAACUGGAAGGCGCAAAGAUCCACACCCCAGAUGAAGAUAACCUUAGUGUCGUAUCUGACUUUCUGGUUGGUGAUGGAGGCGAGAUCAGUGAGGCUACGAUCGAUGACGACGAUAGUGAGAACUCCGAUCAUGUGAGCGACUGGUCUGCCGACGAGGAAGAACCGGAAACACCAGCAGACAUUGAAAUGGAGAAAAUUUUGCAAGAAACACUUGCGGAUCCGGCCAAGAAAGCAUUUAUGGAGGAAUGGGUUCCGAGAUUGUAUCCAAAUCUCUAUGAGCUACCUAAUAAUGAAACUCGGAACCGUGGACCCGAGUAUGCGGAUCCCGAAGAACUUGGCGCGGCUAUUGAUAUGGCGAUUGAGAUCGAUGAUCAAGAACUUCUUCAAUCAGUCAUGACACACACAAUGAUGCAAUAUGCAAUGGUUGCAGAUGAAAAGACCCGGUUGGAUAGCUACCAGGUUAAACGCGGGUUCCUCAAGCCCGAAACAGUCCUCCGGCGUGCUGGUAAGCGAAAGGCAGAUGACGCUGGAUUUGAUGAUGGAGAUGAUGGACCAGGUCCUAGAUAUUCAACACGCAGACGCACCGUCAAGAAUCCUGAUGCGGAUGAUCAAAUUGGUAUGACUGGAUAUUCGACACCAAGAGUUGCAGGAUCUGGAUCGUUUAACGACGCUCAAACCCCUGAGAGAGAGGUUAGAGCCUACAAACCCAGAGGAGGACGUGGUGGUCGAGGUGGAGGAGCACGCGGUGCUGCAAAGGUUGUUAAAACAGAGAUGCCGGUUUCGGUUAAUCCUGUUACUGGGCUUCCGACUUCAGGCCCUGGUUCAAGAGGUGGACGCGGGAGGGGUGGUAGCGUUAGGGGCAGUAGGGGCGGCAGGGGCGGUCGUGGGCGGCAAGUUACUUAA